AUGAUUUUGCCUCCAUGUGACUUCCUCACUAAAACACCGGUACAGGAGAAACUGUUGUAUUAUGCAUUUUCUGCCAGUAACAGCAAGUUGUCACAGGCAGGUUAUCAUACCAAAAGUGGGGAUAUCCUACGGAAUGAGGCAGUACAAAGAUACAUACAGCGCUUACUGGAAGAAUAUAAACAACUUGGAAAAAGGUUACAAAACGGGUUCCUCAAUGACGCGGACAGAAGAGUGUUGAACCGCAGACAAGCGGACCUGUCAUUUGUGGCAAACGCUUUUCAGAGCACCGAGAAUGCCUUUAAGGAUCUGGCCGAAGUGCAGGCUCUUAUCCAGAAUACUACAGAGAGCAACGCCGAAGAUAAACAGAUGCUUGAGCUACUGAAAGAAGAACAGGACGAGAUAACGAAAAAAAUAGAAAUACUGAAGAAAAAAUUGAUACAGACACUGGUACCGAGUGACGCAAACGACAGUAGUAAUGUCAUUCUUGAGGUAGCAGCAGGAAGAACUACAGGAGGUGAUAUCUGCCAACAGUUUACUCGAGAGAUGUUUGACAUGUACCAGGGUUUUGCCAGCUACAAAAACUGGCACUUUGAUAUCUUCAAUUAUACUCCAGCUGAAUAUGGCGGGCUCCACCACGCUGCCGUGAGGAUCUCGGGAGAGAGCGUGUAUCGCUGGUUGAAGUUUGAGGGGGGGACGCACCGGGUCCAGAGGAUCCCUGAGGUCGGACUGUCGUCCCGAAUGCAGCGCAUUCACACUGGAACCAUGACGGUCAUAGUGUUACCACAGCCUGAUGAUGUUGACAUUCAUUUAGAUCCUAAAGACUUGAGAAUAGACACUUUCAGAUCAAAGGGACCAGGGGGGCAGAGUGUAAACACCACAGACAGCGCUGUGAGGAUAGUUCACCUGCCCACAGGCACGGUGGCUGAAUGCCAGCAGUCCCGAUCUCAGCUCCAGAACAAGGAAACGGCCAUGCGUGUUCUCAAAGCCAGACUGUACCAAAGCACCGUGGGUCGCCAGACAGAGGAGAGACACGUAGCACGGAAACAACAGGUGGGUACUCGUUCGCAGUCGGAGAGGAUUCGGACGUAUAACUUCAGUCAGGACAGAGUCACCGAUCACCGGACUGGCUACGUGACUCGUGACAUAAAGGAGUUUAUGAGGGGAGGCGAGGCUCUGGAGGAGCUCAUCUCUGAAUUGCAGGAGCACGGAGAGAGGGAGGCCUUACUGGAGCUGGCGGAGAACAGCUCCCCGAGGAGAUCUGAGCCAAGACAAUCAGAGGAGUAAACAAAAGACUGCAGGAGAAUGGUUAUACCGGCUGUACAAAACUGACCUCAGAUCAGAUGAUAGCUGCCUUUAAAGAACCUAUCACAGAACUGACAUGCACAAGGCAGUGUGGAGAAAUAUGAUAUUGGACACACAACCAACCGAGGAUAAAGCUCUUUGAAAUGGGACAUAAGCAUAUAAGGGAUUAUUGGUACGAAUGCUGAAGUUAGAACUGACUCCCUGAGAGAAAACUGCUCUCCGUCUGGUCCUGAUGAAAAAUAACCUCUUGCCAAUGCAGCCUGAUACAAAACAACUGUAUCCAUGAGAGGUAGCCCAAAUAUGGAUCCAAGACAGGACGCAGGUACUGUAAACCAUGAUGUGACUAGUGUUGGUGGUUUGUUUAAGACAAGAUCUACCAUAUACAGGGCUCAGGGGCAAGAGACCUCAACCUCAAACUAUGAGGAAGUAAAAGAAAGAAAACUAAACUGAAAAUCUAAAAGUAAAAGUAAAUUCAAGUUAAAACUAAAAGAAAACUACAUGAGACGAAGAGGCGGUCUUCACAAUGACUGGGGUGUGGAUGAGACUAUCAGUGGUGCACAUGCACACACA